UUUUAUUCUCACACUGUAGAUUUUCCAUUGAGCACACGCAGACCCACUGUAUUGGAUUGACGCUCCAGUUUUACCAACACACACACAGGAUUGUGCUUUAACUGAGCCUUUUACAUAUUUCCCCUGUUUUCAGUCGGACCGUAUUUCAUUUUUACGUAUUUCAUCCACUCCGUUCCUCUAUUUCGCUUGGAUUUUAAAAAGGGCGUGUUUGGGCGAUCGGUACCGGGAGUUUCAUCUCCUGUACUUGUGCGACUCUGAGGAAUGACAGCAACUGGAAAGGGACUGGGAACCGCCUGAAUGGAAACAAUGGAUUAUAAGGAGCUUGGGCUUCAUUUCGAGGAGAAGCUGACACUAACAGACAAACCUCUGCCUCUGCAGACGGACCCUCAGUGUCCGAGGAAGGAGCUCCUGACUCCCAACGACUCCGCCAUCACGGACCUCUCCUCCAGAACAGACUCCAGCCCCAAAAGUGAGACGCCCAGCAAGACGGAGGAGUCCUCCAGGACAGAUGUCCGGCCGAGCACCCCGGGCAGCGGCGGCAGCCCUCAGCCCAAGAAAGAUUCAAUGAGCUCAGAGCAGCGACAGAAACUGGCCAAGGAGCGGCGGGAGGAGCGAGCGCGCUACAUCGCAGCGAAAAAGGCCCAGUGGCUGGAGAAGGAGGAGAAGGCCCGGCGCCUGAGGGAGAGUCAGCUGGAGGAUCGCCGGAGGAAGCUGGAGGAGCAGCGGCUGAAGGCGGAGAGACGCCGAGCGCUGCUGGAGGAGAAGCAGAGGCAGAAACUAGAGAAGAACAAGGAGCGAUACGAGGCCGCCAUCAAGAGGUCCACGAAGAAGACGUGGGCCGAGAUCCGGCAGCAGCGCUGGUCCUGGGCGGGCGGCCUCAACCAGACCUCGCGCCGAGAAAGCAGAUGCUCGGCCUCCACGGUCAACUUGCCCAGACAGGUGGACCCUGUCAUUAACAACAGGCUGUCCAAGUCCUCGGCCACGCUCUGGAACUCCCCCAGCAGAACCCGCAGCCUGCGCCUCAGCCCGUGGGAGAGCCGCAUCGUGGAGAGGCUCAUGACCCCGACGCUGUCCUUCCUGGCGCGCAGCCGGAGCGCCGCCGCCCUUCUCAACAGCAGCGACUCCCACUCACACCACUGCUCCCGUUCAGCCUCCGCCAGCCCGCUGAACGCCUGCUCCCACCAGCACCCGCACCCGAGCACCGCCGAGCGCUGGAGGGCGUCCUCCGCCAGCACGCCGGACAUCACCCAGCGCCAGCGCCGGCGGAACUCCACCCCGGUGGAUAAAAAGAAGAAAGAGAAGAAAGACAAGGAGAGAGAGAACGAGAAGGAGAAGAACGCGCUCACAAAAGACAAAGUACAGAAGAAGAGGCAGACGACGUCACCCGCCACCACGACCCAGAGGUCCAGACCGGAGAUCAGCACCCCGAAGCCCAGAAACAGACCCCCGUCGCCCGCGGCCCCCAAAGGCCGGCCCCUGUCCCCCCUGGUGCCAGCAGCAGCAGCAGCAGCAGCCGCGGCCGCGUCCAGGACGCCCGCGGCCAAGAAGACGCCUCCGCCCGGCACCAGGGCCCGGCCCAAACGGGCCCAGACGCCCGCCAGGGUACAGCCCCAGGCCGUCGCUGCGGUCGCCGUGGAAACAAGCCCUGAACCCAAGCAGCCCGACACGCCACAGGAGAAGAGCUCCAGUCAUGUUCCUGCCAUCGUGGUCUCCUCCGCACCGGUUACUCCUCCCUCCCUCAGCCCGCCGGUCGCAUCCUCUGCAGGCGCGCCGGUCGUGACGCUGACGGCCUCGGCCACCUCCCCCGUAGCCGCCUCCCCCGCAGCCUCCUCCCCCGUAGCCGCCUCCCCCGUAGCCGCCUCCCCCGUAGCCGCCUCCGUGAGCGGUCCCGCUCCUCCCAAGCCGUCGGCCGGCACCAACGACCCGGAGGAGGCCGCUCGCGUCCUGGCAGAGAAGCGCAGGCAAGCUCGGGAGCAGCGGGAGCGAGAGGAGCAGGAGCGUCUGGAGCAGGAGCAGAAGAACAGGGUCCUGCGCGAGGAGGCCAUGGUCCGGGAAGCGGAGGAGAGAAAACGCAGGGAGGAGGAGGCUCGGUUCAUGGCAGAGCAGCAGCGCCUGAGAGACGAGGCCCAGCGGGCUCUGGAGGAGAAGGAGACGCAGGAGGAGAACGAGAGGAUGCAGAGACAGAGAGAGGAGGCCGAAGUCCGAGCCCGCGAGGAGGCCGAGCGCCAGCGCCUGGAGAGGGAGAAGCACUUUCAGAAAGAGGAGCAGGAGCGUCUGGAGAGGAAGAAGCGCCUCGAGGAGAUCAUGAAGAGGACCCGGAAGAGCGACGCAGGAGAGAAGAAGGACGUCAGAGUCUCGGCACAGGUCAACGGCAAAGACACAGAGCUCAACAAAGCUCCUGGAAACCUGCAGAGCCCCGACGCGGCGCCCCUCGGCCCGGCACAGGGAGUUUCCGGGCCCGUGGCGAACGGCGUCCAGCUGACGGCUCAUCAGAACGGCGUCGCGGCCAAUGGGGAGGCAGCCGACUUCGAGGAGAUCAUCCAGCUGAAGAACGGUAACCCCGGGCAACAGCAGAGCGGCCUGGUCGGCGAGCCCAUCAUGGCGUUCGAGGGCGGAGAGCCGUUCCUGAUGAAGACGGGUCCCAUGAAGCCGCAGCACGUCGCAGAGGUCCUGUGAGACGCACGCUCCACCGCGGCGGCGCAAACGCACAGUGCCAAACAAGCAACCAACCCGCAUCCAGAAUCCACCGGAGGAGACGAGCGCUGCCUGCAAAGUCAUGACAACUCAUCUACAAUAAUAAUGUUACAAAGGCUACAAGCAUUCUCUGUCUUCACUGCGUGUCAUGGUGCAGCAUUUGUCGAGUUUUAUGAAAUGUCACAUGCAGACUUUACGGUGCACCUUAAAGAAACUGACUGUGUAACUAUUUUAGAAAAUACAGUGUAAGACUCUGGAAAUCCAUAAUAUUUGACAAUGGUUGUUCUUAUUACCAUCGUUAUGAUAUUGUUAUUGUUAUCUUAAGUUGAACAGUGUGUGUGUGUGUUUGUUGUUUUAGUCUUGAGUUAUUUAACACAGGGAGCAUUGUGAGGACUGGACACAGACGGUUUAUGUAAAUGUAAAAUGAGCCCGGCUGCCUCCUGUUACAGGAGACUGUGAAAUAAAGCUUUAUGAAAGGGA